CCCACAACACGACACUACACAACAACACAACUACACAACACCACACAACACUCCCUGACUGUAAACAGGCCGUGUCUUCUGGAGGACCCUGCCCGCUGCUGCUCUAUUGUUCACACAUCGAGGCCCGUUUCUGCGGUUUUCCCGGGUCCAGGAAGAAGAGGGGGGGACCCAUGCUCAGCUCAGGGACAAUGGAGGAAUUUGUGACCGAAGAGGAAGAGCCGUGGUACGACCAGCAGGAUCUGGAGCAGGACCUCCACCUGGCUGCAGAGCUGGGGAAGACUCUGCUGGAGAGGAACAAGGAGCUGGAGGACUCCUUACAGCAGAUGUACAUCACUAAUGAAGAGCAGGUGCAGGAGAUCGAGUACCUGUCCAAGCAGCUGGAGGUUCUCCGGGACAUGAACGAGCAGCACGCCAAAGUGUACGAGCAGCUGGACGGGACGGCCAGAGAUCUGGAGCGCACCAACCUCAGUCUGGUGACGGACAGCAAGACGUCCCAGCAGAAGAUAGAGAGGUUAACGGGGACCAUCGAGGCUCUGCAGACCCAGGUGGAGUCUCUGUCAGGUCAGGUGGAUCAGCUCCGGUCCAUGGAGCAGCUCCGAGUCCGGAGGGAGAAGAGGGAGCGACGCAAGACCAUCCACACCUUCCCCUGUCUGAGGGAGCUCUGCACAGCCCCCGGGUAUGAGGAUGAGUUCGUGGUGGGUCGGGCUGAGAGCUUCACCGUGGAGACGAAGCCUCAGCCGUUUGAAGAGGAGAACCAGCACCUGAGGGAGGCGGUGUCGGCCCUGAGGGCAGCGAUCCGGACUGAGAGGGGGCGCAGGGAGGGGGUGGAGAGGGAGUGCAACCUCCUGCUGGCAGAGUUCUCACGGCUGCAGACACGACUGCAGGAUGCUGAGGGCUGCCAGGCCCGGGUGCGGGAGCUGGAGGUGGAGCUUCAGGAGCUGCAGCAGCUCCGUCGAGCCCGGACCUUCCUGCUGAGCGGCGAGGAUGACGGCGUGGCUCUCACGCAGACUGUCCUCAACAGCACGCCGGAGACCGACACCUUCCUGGAAGUGGAGGUGGGGCAGACGGGGGGAGGUACGAGCGAGCAAACCGAAGGAGGGGGCGGUGGAAGUGAGGCGUUACCUGACUCCAGCCCCGUGAGGAAAAGCUGCAGCGACACAGCGCUCAACACCAUUGUGGCUCGGGAUGCGUCCGGCCGCAGGAGAGGCAGCUACGCCCUCCACGCCAACAGCGUGAGGAAGAGGGGGAUGUCCAUCCUGCGAGAGGUGGAUGAGCAGUACCACGCCUUACUGGAGAAAUACGAGGAGCUGCUGGGGAAGUGUCGGCGCCACGAGGAGAGCCUGUGUCACGCCGAGGUCCAGACUUCCAGACCCGUCUCCCGAGACCCAUCCAUGAAAGACUGCGCCAUGGGUCCCACCCCGGUGCCGCCCCCGACGCCCGCCCAGUCGCCCUCCACCCCCGAGGCCAUUGAGAGCAUCAGCAAGCAGGUGGAGGCGGUGGAUAAACGGCUGGGACAGAACACACCAGAGUACAAGGCCCUCUUCAAGGAGAUCUUCUCUCGAAUCCAGAAGACCAAGAUGGACAUCAAAGCUACCAAAGCCUCUAAAAAGUCUGGGAAGUCCAGCAAGUCCACUAAACACUGAUGGUCCACUGAUGGUUGUGUGAUGUUUGAACAGGAGUUUGGUGUAAACGCUCUUCCAGAGGGAAAACAGCUAAAGUCAGUAGAGUUGAGUUUAACUGAACUCACAUUAGACUCCAUGGUCCAGAGUCCAGAGUCCAGAGUCCAGGACUGAAACCUUCCACUUACACAAGAAUCUGAACCUGCAUGAGAUUAACUUUAAAACUUCAGUCACAUUAAACAUGAGAUCACUCCCCUCAUAUUCUUUUAUUCAGAGUUCAGUCUGAAUCUGUCCUGGCUUCACUGCCUAACUACAGUACCUUAUAGACAUCUACCACAGUAACAGUAACACGCCUCAGGCACUUAACAUUAACACUGCUCUAGAAAACUGAAUAUUAAUUAUAAUGGAUCUACUAACAUUAAUAUAAUCACAUGAAGAGACGAAGGUGAUCCUCUCAGGCCUCAGUGCUGUUUCAGGGGUUUGAUGAGAAGAUCAAUUCCACUGUCAAGACGUGACACGCCAGCAGCUGGUUAGCCUAGCUUAGCAUGAAGAGAGGAAAUAGAGGGAAACAGCUAGCCUGGCUCUGUCGACUGUGACGAGUUCUGGCUUGUUUGUGGGUAUGUACUGGACUAUGUCUGGGUUUAAAGUGGGUCAGAACGGUGCGGAACGAUCUGGUGUUGUGUCGAAGUCUGUUCCCAUCUGGAAGUUUACUGUAAUUACUUUCCAUCACUGCUGCAAAGCCGUAAAAAUAACUUGAAUGUGACGGAAAACGACUGGUGACACCAUGUUCAUGUUAUGAGCUGUAUAUUAUAGAUGUUGAACUUGUCAACCCAUAGUUAAAAAUGAUCAUUAUGUUUAAAAUAUGAGACAGUGAGUUUACAGAGCAGCAGUUCCCAUCAUAACACUAUUAGCUAAGUAACUACUAUUAGCUAAUUGAAGAUUAACCCCCCCAAUUUAAUAGUUAAAUCAAUGAAAUUGCAGUGGCCGGGGUUGAACAAGGUGAUGCGUUAUUCAGGAACACAGAAAAAGCUCUGCAUUAUAAAUAUGUAUGAUCAAACAGGAGCAGACCUGUGAUUGGUCACUGUUCUGGUGUGAACAGCCAGGCUACUGCUCGUGCAACAGAGUUGGACUGGCAUAAAUCCAAAUCCUAGGGUUCCCCUACUUUAACCCCUGAGUAACAGGUCAGUCCUGGUAGAUGGAUUUUAGUACCUUUGGACAGAGCCACCUUUUCCAUUUCCCCCGCUUCUGUUUUUUUAGUGCUAAGCUAAGCUAACCAGCUGCUGUAGCUUGAUGUUUAGUAAACAGACAGGAAUGAUAUUGAUCUUGUCAAACUGUCAGGAAGCCAAAGAGAGUAUUUCUCCAGAUGUUGAACUGUGUAGCUGAUGACUUUAACACUGAUUCACAGUGAAAACACUUUCUGACAGAAGAGGAACACAGACUGGAAAUAUGAUGUACAUCUAUCUCUCCACUGAGUACUGAAAGAGAUCUGCAUGUGGACUACAACAAAUAAAUGUAUUCACAGUACUGAGUAAUAUCUAAAGUGUUAGUUUGAUCAGUUUAACCUGUUGAGUUUUUAAAGCUAAAAGCUGCGACAAUCUGUGCAGAUUGUUAUUGUCUCUGUUUUCUGGGCAUUAGACUGUGAAGACUGUGAAGUAGAAAGUGGUGCAGUGGUGAAACUGAUGUUACAUUGGUGGAUGACAUAUUCUUUGGGACUGUUUCCUUCAGUUACAGUUGACAGACACUACAGUAGAAGUGUAACCAGUAUAAGGCUUCAACCCAGGGCUUUUUCUAACACAUAGCAGUCUUAGCUAACUAUACAACUACCCUGCAAAUAUAUUGCACCUUUUUCACAGUAUACGAUGCCUAUGCCUUUUUCUGGGAACCUCUAUGUAUAAAACUUUGUUAUAAUGAAUGUUAUCACAGCUAAUAUUUUAUAUCUGAUUCUUCUGUGAGAUUUAAGACAUAACGAAGCUUGAAACCUCCACAGGUGUCUCAGCUGACACCUGGCGGGGGUCCUACGUUUAAAAAGGGAGGGUGGAUGUUUUUCUGAAGACUGUUACUGAGAGAGAGAGAGAGAGAGAAAUCCUUCUGGAUAACUGUUGUAUAAAGAGCAUCUGAGGUCAGUGAUCGUGUCUGUUAGAGUGAUUUGAGUGUGAGGAGGAGGAGGAACGUGUUACCAUCCUACAGGUGAUGAGCUUUCCGUCAUGUCUUACUUUUGCACUUGAAAAUGUUUGACGCCUCAUCUCUUGUAUAUUUAGAAUAGCUAAUAUGAAUCUGUACCUGUGUAUUUAUUUGUGUGUGAAUGUUUCUUCAUUAUUUUUUUUUACUUUUCAGUGCCUAUAUGUGAAUGUCACUAACAUAUUGUCAGAAUAAACAUAUUUAAUUUGCUCUAUUUACAUGUAUUAUCAGUUAAUAAGAUAUUGACAUUACAGUUUAGUCUGGUCUGAUGUUAGUUCUGUCAUCAUUGAACUAAG